AUGGGGAAGGGCCCACCACGCAAGGGCACUUUUGGAUUCUGGUUCCCAAGUCAACCUGAUAAUUUCUCGACGUCAUUGGACUUUCUGGUUCUGGGGCAGGUCACCGACGACCAGCCAUCUGUCUCGCUUCCACAAACGCAACGGAAAAUUCCACCCGAUAUGGUUCUAGCCGAUCCUGAAUUCAACAUCUCUGGUCCGAUCGAUUUGGUAUUGGGUGCACAGUACUUUUACGAUUUCCAUGUACGCGAUGGUGGCCGGUUGCAAAUUCGCAAGGUCGACGAUACGCUUCCAGUAUUUGUCAAUACGGUGUUCGGAUGGGUGGCAGCCGGCGAAGCAAAACGCAUGGAUGAAUCAACACGGGUCAGCUGUCACGUUGCCAAGGUAGAAUCUCUGGACAAGGCAAUCGAAAAAUUCUGGACGGUUGAAGAGUUGACGAUCAAAACGCCACGGUCACAGGAAGAGGAGGACUGCGAGACGCACUUCGUGAACACAUUCACACGCGAUGACACCGGCAGAUAUAUCGUGCGAUAUCCCAAACGCAUGAACUUCAGCAGCAUGGUUGGCGAAUCGAAGCAGACGGCUCUGCGACGAUUUCUUCAGACAGAGAAACGAUUGGAACGAGACCCAAACCUACGAUCGCAGUACGUGGAUUUCAUGAAGGAAUACAUCAAGCUGGGCCACAUGAAAUACAUCGGUGAAGCAGACGAUUCUCGCUUGGAUAAAGAUAAAACGGUCUGCUACCUUCCCCACCACCCGGUAUUUAAGGAAUCUAGUUCCACCACAAAGGUACGGAUAGUCUUCGAUGGAUCGGCGAAAACGUCCACAAAUCAUUCGCUGAACGAAGCUCUACUCACCGGCCCUACGAUUCAGGAUGAACUCUUGGAUCUGAUGCUCCGCUUCCGGAAACAUCUUAUCGCUUUGGUCGCUGAUGUCACGAAAAUGUACCGGCAAGUCUUAAUCCACCUCGACGACAUUCCCCUUCAACGAAUCCUGUGGCGAUGUGAUCCAUCAGAACCAAUUCAGGUGUACGAGCUGCUAACCGUCACGUACGGCUUGUCCCCAUCGUCAUUUCUCGCCACACGUGUGCUGAAGCAACUGGCUUUGGAUUCCGCUCAGAAGUACGAACUUGCAGCACGGACCGUACAAGAAGAUUUUUACAUGGAUGACUUUCUCUCGGGAGCAAACACAGUAGAAGAAGUCAUAAAACUCCAGAAGGAAGUCCAAUCACUACUGGCCGAAGGGGGCCUCGAGCUGCGUAAAUGGAGCUCCAAUAGUCCAGAAGUCCUGGAGAACUUACCCAUCGGAGCGCUUGGAGGAGAAACAAUGCUGCACUUCGAAGCGGACCAGAAAAUUAAAACGCUAGGAGUGGGGUGGGAAACUGGAACAGAUCAGCUUUGCAUCGAAGUACAACCAUCUACGAACGAAGGCAUUUGGACAAAACGCAAAAUUUUCUCGGCAAUUGCGAAACUCUACGACCCACUCGGAUUGGUCUCACCGGUUGUGGCAUGGGCCAAGAUAAAGAUGCAACAACUUUGGCUGUCAACUUUUGACUGGGAUGAUCCUAUAUCUGACGAUAUCGCCCGGAAAUGGGAGGAAUUCGCGGCCCAAUUAACCCUUCUGAAAGGCUACAAGGUUCCUCGGUUCGUCUUUCUGGACGAUUCGAUCUCCACACAAUUUCACAUCUUCACCGAUGCGUCCGAAGUUGGGUAUGGUGCCUGCCUUUACACACGUUCAACCGGCAAGGGAGGUCAAAUUAAAACCGAGCUCGUCGCGGCAAAAUCACGGGUUGCCCCUCUCAAACGGCUUAGUCUGCCGCGGCUCGAGCUCUGUGCUGCACUUUUGGGGGCGAAACUAUACGCCAAGGUUUCAGCAGCGCUGCGGAUGGAGGGUAUUCCUUGCUGGUUCUGGUCGGACUCAACGGUCACACUCCACUGGAUACAGGCACCACCCAAUACUUGGCAAACGUUUGUUGGGAACCGAACGUCUGAAAUUCAACAGCUAACUCACGGCCAUAGCUGGAAUCACGUGAAGGGAACAGAAAACCCGGCGGACCACGUUUCUCGCGGAAUGCUUCCCCAGGAAUUCGUAUCUAACACCAUCUGGCGACACGGUCCUUCCUGGCUAGCGAAAUCGGAUGAAUAUUGGCCUAAACACAUAACUGGUACUCCACCGGAAGAUCUACUAGAACGGCGAAAAACGGUACUUGUGAUACAUCAACCACAGGAGCAUUCUUUCCUAUUUUACCGGUACUCAUCAUUCUGGCGUUUGGUUCGGAUCAUCGCUUUAGUUCUUCGUUUUCUGAAUCGUUGUCGUCGCAAACCUAACCCCUAUCCUCACCAACUCGCAUCAGUAGGGGAGCUAGAGCACGCCAAAGAAACGCUUACGAAGAUUGCACAGCAGGAGAUGUUCACUGAAGAGUUGAAGGAGCUCGUUAAAACUCGAUCCGUUUCCAACAAAUCAUCGUUGAGGUUACUUAAUUAA